UGUGUGUGUGUGUGUGUGUGUGUGUGUGUGCGCGCGCGCGCGCGCGUGUGUGUGUGUGUGUGUGUGUAAAUAAAAGCACUCUGUAAUUCGAUAGCAUUUAUCAUCUGACAAUCUGAAUGUUUCCGGCGUCUUUGGAGACUGGAGGCACGGAGGCAAAGCUGCACUGCCCCUGGUCCCCUCGCGGUCCUCGGCCCCACCGCAGCUCAAGCGGUCGUGCCGGCGACGGCGCGCGUGCGCAGAAAGGAGGCGCGGGUUCCGCGGGACGGGGAGACUGAGAAGGCUCCGAGCUCAGCCGUAGUGGGGUUCCCUCCUUGUACCCCACUGACCUAUAGUCCAGAUCCACACGGGCCGGAAAUGAGAUUAGAACCCGGCGCUGCCUCCAGGGCCUUCCGGCCCGCGGUUCGGAGGUCACGGCGCAGCCCGCCACGCCCUGCAGGGUAUCUUCACAUCAUCUCGAAAAGAGAAUUAUGAUGAUGACUCAGCAGUGCUCUUCUUGGAUCUUCAUUGAUGACAGGACAUACAUAACCAGGGAACAACUUAAUUCUUUAUUGAAUACCUAUAACAUUUUUUAUGAGAACCAGAAAAAUCUGCAUAUUUUAUGUGAACAGACUAAAGAUGGGAAACUAAUCCUUGAAGGAAUGCUGGACAUUUUUUGGGGAGUAAAACGUCCUAUACAGCUGAAGAUACAAGAUGAAAAGCAGACCUCUUCUUCUACCACACUGAAGUUACCAGAUGCUUUUUCCACCAAAGGAAUGACACGCUGGGGAGAAUUUGAUGAUCUUUAUCAUAUAACUGACCUGGACAAAACCCUGAUUGCAAUGUCUGAUACAAGGAAUUCUCAGCAUGACUAUUUAUCUUAUCACAGCAGUACUCUAAAGCCAUAUGCAGAUGAAGAGCCAGAAUCCCCACUGCUCUAUAGAACUAUGAGUGAAGCUGCCCUGGUGAGAAAAAGAACAAAGCCUCCAGUGAUGGACAGGAAAGAUGAACAGAUCCACAGAGCCUCCAUUAAUGGACACUUCUAUAACCGUAAAACAUCAAUUUUCACCCCAGCCUUUGGAUCAGAAACUAAAGUCAGGAUAAACAGUAACAUGAGAACUGAAGAAGUAAUCAAGCAACUUCUCAAAAAAUUUAAGAUUGAGAACAGCCCUCAGGAUUUUGCUCUUUACAUUAUUUUUGCGACAGGAGAGCAGAGACAGCUAAAGAAAACAGACGUUCCACUAUUGCAGAGGCUCCUACAAGGACCAUCCAGAAGCAAUGCUCGCAUUUUCCUUAUGGAUAAAGACACAGAAGAAAUUAGUAGUGAUGUGGCUCAGUACAUUAACUUCCAUUUUUCUUUCUUGGAAUCCAUUCUUGAAAGACUAAAUGAGGAAGAGAAAAGAGAGAUUCAAAGAACAAUAACAAAAUUCAAUACAGAAAAAGUCAUUCUACUAAAGUGUCUUCAAAAUAAACAUCCAGUAAAAACAGAGACGACAGUUUAGCAGUACAAGCCUCUAUUGCUAAAUCACUUUAAAAAUAUUAGAAAGAUUUUACCCUUUGGUGAAUUCAUAAAGCCUACAGUUGCAUUCACAUAUAUAUGAACUUAAAUCUAUAGAAAACAGAAUGCCAAAAGAGCUGAUUUCUCUUUUAAGGGAUAGGUUAAGUAGAGUUCAUAACUGAACUAAAAUGAGAUUAAUUUAGUUUCAGUAACUGAAAAUAUCUUUGUUAUUGUGUAUACCAAGUAUCUUCUUAAAAAUUUUUUAUUUAAAGAGAAAAAAAGCAAAACAGAAAAGAGGGUAAAAAUAAUAACAGAAUUUUAAAAAAAUAAACAGUAAGAAAUCAUUAGAUGAUAAAUUACAUAUCAUCCUCUUAGAAAUUGUUGUCCAGGUUACAAAAUUAAAGCAUAUAAAGUGGACAUUGAAACAGUGAGACUGCAAACAGUUCUGUUCAAUGAUCCAACAAAAACUUAGUAAUAUGAUUAUCAAUCCUAUACAGUCAUAUCCUUUACAGCACUUUCUUUUCCUCUCUCUUUUAUAAUAGCAAUUAUACAUUUUGGGUUUUAUUACUUCUACAUUUCUUAUUUUCACCAAGUAUCUUUUAUAAUAAAAAACGUGCAAUUAAUCUGAAUUCAGGUGGCAUCUUCAGAUAUCAUACAGUUUCAACCUCUUUUAGCUUGAACUUAAAAAGAACUGAAACAUCAUCGGCCAACUUGGAAGUGACCAGAAGCUAAUGCUUCCAGAUCUUCAAAUAAACAAGAAGUACAUUUCUUAUACCAUCAACUCUCUACUGGCAACAUGUCACAGCUCUAGCAUUUUCAUAAAAUCUGUGAUUAUGUAUGGGUCGAUGGCUUUGAAUGUAAUACUAGAGAUAUCUUUACCUUGGAAAAGAAAAGAUGAUGGGUUCAGUUAAGAAAUGCAAAUUGUAAUUUUCUCAACCUUGAUCCUUUUCUUUCAUUUUUCUCUGUUCUGAUGAUCACUUUCAACAUUAUGAUUAAGCCCUUUAAAAUCAGUUUAAUUCCUUUUAUUUAUCCAAAUGAAUAUACCAGAGAGACUUAAUACAUUGCAUCUGCUACAAUAAUGUGGCCACAGAUAACUUUUCUUUUAAUUUAAAGAAAAAAAUUAUUGAAGACCUGAAAAAAAAUUCCUGAAAGAUUGACUUUGCAGAAAACUGUGUCACGCAAUGCAUUGCAUUAAUCAUGUUAAAAUGUACAUUAGAAACACAUACAAAACCAUGAAACGAUUCACCAUUCUUCAGCAACCUGAAGUGACCCCUCCUGAGUACCAUCAGGAAGCAGUGGGAAGCAUUCUCGCCAGAUCAACAAGAGUCAACAAGGGUUUGUUCCUCGUCUUUCUCUUGUACAAAUGAUGUAUUUUGGAGCAAUUAGCGUGUGAGUUGAUGUUUGUUUUGUUUGAUUUUAAACAGAUACCUUUUUGUUGAUGUGUGAACACAGGGGAUAAAGCAGAAUUGUGCAGCUGUGCCUGGCAGGGCAUUUGGAGUUCUGUCCUUCCAGCACCUUGAUUUUCUACAGACAUUUCUCAAGCACUUGAGUUCUGUUAAAUUCACUUUUAUUGUUGUUUUUGGGUUUUUUUUUUUUUUUUUUUUUUUUUUUUAGUCUUUUUCCUUUUUAUCGGUACCAGGGGUCGAACUUAUGACUGCCGGCUUGCAAGGCAGGCAAGUGCCGCUGAGCUAAAUCCCUAGCCCCAUUUCUUUUCUUGUUUGUUUGUUUGUUUGUUUUAAAUUCACUUUUAAAAAGCACUGAAAGAACAAAGUUAUGCUACACCUGUCAUCUAUGAUUCUACUUAUAAAUCUAUAUGAAAAUAAAAUUUUAUGCAAUGUUCUUCUAUUCUCUAAGCUAUUUCCAUUAGCAUUUCUUCUAGGCAUAGUAUUACUUUGCUUGAUCAAAUUACAAGUACUGAAAAAUAAGGUUGUAUAUACUAAAUCCAGUUGAAAGAUUAACUUAUUGUUAUUUCUGAGAAGGCAUAAUUUUUUAUUUUAAUUUUAAAGAGGAUAAAACUAAAAGCAAAAUAAUAAGAACAAUGUUGGACCUCAAACACAAGACAGUAGGAAAUUAACAAUAGUCACUAUAUUUGACAUCGUUAUCCUCCAAAUAGUUGUUCAGAUUACCAGACACAGGCAUGCAAAGUUAAUCAAACAAUAUAAGCAUUAAGUUGUUCUUUACCUCAGUUGGUAUCAUUCCAAAAACUUCAGGUGUGUGGCUUCUAAUCUAUUCUAUGUCUGUAUUUUCCUGGACUUGUUCAGGAUGAGAUAUAGCAUUAAAAAAAUCAAAUAUAAGCUCUAAA